CCUAGAAAGAGAGAGAGACACAGAGAAAGGACGGUGUUGGUGACGUUGGUCGUCCCACCCCAAGCCAAAGCAUGGCUCGUUGUCCCGGGGCGGCGGCGAACCUCUGCUGCCUCUUCUUCCACCACAACCAGUCCCCGCCGCCCGAGACCCUCGGCAUCCUCGCCUUCGACGCCGCCAAGACCAUGUGCCGCCUCAUCUCCCUCUACAAUUCCCUUCACCACCAAGAAAUCCUCCACCUCCGCCGCCACAUCAUUAGAUCAAAAUCCGUCUCUAACCUCAAUUCCCGCGAUGAGUGCUUCCUCCUCACCCUCGCCUGCGCGGAGCGCCUCGAGGACCUCAACCUCUCCGCUGCCACCGUCUACCACCUUGCCACGCGCUGCUCCAACCGAAACCUCACCCGCUGCUUCGAGGCCAUCGACGCCCGGAAGCUCCAAUUCGGAACAAAAGACGUUGAGACCAAAAUUGAAAACAUGGAGAAGCUCGUACUCGCCACGCGGAGCCUCCACAAGGCGAUGGAAUCGCUCACCGAGAUGGAGGCUUCGGAGAGAAAGAUGCAAAAGUGGAGAACCAUUAGGGAAAACCAUGGGUUAAAAGUGAAGGUUGAAUGCUUCAAUGAUAAGAUCAUGUUUUAUAGGAGACAGGUUGUGUAUUUCAAGCAAGUUUCACUUUGGAACCAGACAUUUGAUAAGGUUGUCGCGCUCAUGGCGAGAAUCAUUUGCAUUGUUUACAACAGAAUAUGUUCGGUUUUUGGAACCUUUGUUACCGGCAAUGUCAAACGUAGAAAUCAAAACAAGAACAACAAAAAUGGGGUUGUUAGACGACGUAUUUUCGAAAACAGUUAUUGUCGCGUGGAGCAUCGCGAGUUGUAUAGGAUGAACCUUUGCAUGUUCGACCAAACCGAGGAAGUGUUGAAGAAGCGUGCGUGGGGGUGUUGUAACGUGAAGAGGGGUGCUCCUACCGGGGUUUUCCGGUUCCACCACGCGCCGUCAGGGGAAGGUGGUGAGGUGGCAAUGAAUAACCGCGUCAUGCGGCUGGCACCGGCGAAUACGGUUGGCGGGGCAGGGCUUUCACUGAGGUAUGCCAAUGUUAUUUUGUUGGCCGAACGAUGCAUGCAUGCGCCUGAUGCCACGAUUGGGAACGACGCGCGUGUUACGUUGUAUGAUAUGUUGCCUGGGAGGUUGAAGAUGAAACUGAGAGCAAAGUUGAAAGGGGAAUGGUUGGAAUGGAAGAAGUUGGAGGGUGGAGAAGAGGAGCACUCUGAGGCGGCGACACGACGUCACGUGGUGGCGGCGGAGGUGAUGGAAAUAUUGGUGCCGGUGGCUCAUGACAUGGUGAGGUGGCAGGCGGAGAGGAACUUGGAGAAGCAAAAGUUUGAGACGAAGCCAACGGUGUUGUUGUUGCAAACUUUGCAUUACUCAGAUUUGGAGAAGGUGGAGGAGGCCAUUGUGGAGGUGUUGAUUGGGUUGAGUUAUAUGCAUUGGUACAAAAGUGUAUGAUAUGGUUUUGGUGCUUUCAUUUCAAGGUUUCAUUUAUUUGAUUCUUUUCUUGAAAAGAAAAUUGUAGUGAUUUUAUGCUAACAAGUGUAACAUGUUUGUUGCCUUUUACAUGUACUACGUGAAUUGUGUCUAUAGAAUUCUGUGUAGAGAUCUUGAGUUUGUGUCUUAGAGACAAUGAAAGUUUCGUAUAGUCUAUCACUUAAUUGAUAUAGGGAUGGAAUUAUCAAAUUAUAGGUCAUCAUUAAGAGGUGAUUUGCUUCAAUAUCUUGAUCAAUGCACUAGGCUCAACAGAGAUUACAAAGGAAGAGUAGGAGGGACAUGGGCUCCAAUGACAUUGUAGCAA